AUGUACUAUAUUGGUCAUGUGGUUAACCUGAUGGUGUUGAUUUUGCCGUUGAGACAAAUUGUGACGCUCUACCUCCACAUCCUCACUACUCUGCUCCUGUACAUGGGCCAUCAAAUAUCCAAGGACUAUGUGCGAGAAGAGCUACAGUCUGGUUAUGAAGGAGCCUUGUACCUCAACUCUCUGGCCUUCAACAGAUUUGUCUCAGCGCUCACAAGUCAGAUUAUCCUCAGUACUUUGUGUGCCUUUUUAAUGAAGACAAGAAAAGUGUGGAUCUUCUCCGCGCACAUGCUCCCUCUGCUGGCCCGUGUGUGCGCUGUCCCUCACACCACUCUCCUUGUGGUCAAUACUUUCUCUAUGGGGCUGACUGGAGCAGGCAUCACUGUGUUCCUGCUCUCACAUCUGUUUGUGCCGUAUGGCCUUGCAAGAGCAGCCUACUCAGAGCUUCUUCAACUCCAGGUAAUUGACUUGUACAGACUUAUGGCGGUGGGCAUCUCCUUGUGGACACAGUUUGCCGUCCCUGUCCUCUUCAGUGUCUUCUGGUUCGUCCUUUUCGUUGUGCAGUUGGGCUCGGAUAUCUUCUCUGGCAACGCAUCAACGAGCCCUCAGGGAAUUAUCUUCUUCCUGCUCUCAAGUGUCUCUGAGUGUUGUGCCACUCCAUACUCGCUGCUCGGCUUGACUUUUGUUGUGUCCUAUCUGGCCCUGGCGCUGCUAAACCUAUGCAAAUUUUACCUGGGAGGAUACGCUGCCGUCCAAAACGAAAAUGUCAUGCACAGGGGUGUGACUGAGGGCGUGACUUUGCUGCUUCUUGCUCUUCAAACGGGUCUUUUGGACAUGCAAUCUCUCCAGCGCACCUUCCUCCUCAGCAUCAUCCUCUUCAUUGUUGUCACCUCCACUCUACAGUCCAUGAUUGAGAUUACAGACCCUGUCAUUUUAGCUCUCGGAGCCUCACGCAACAGGAGUCUUUGGAAGCACUUCCGUGGCCUCAGUAUGUGCCUCCUCCUGCUUGUGUUCCCUAUUUAUAUGGCCUUCAAAAUCUCCCAGUUCUUCCACAUGGACUUUUGGCUCCUGAUCCUGGUGUCCAGUUGCAUGCUCACUUCACUUCAGGUGACAGGCACAAUGCUUAUCUAUUCCUUGUUCAUGGUCGAGUUGUUCCGCAGUGACCCGAUUGAGAGCCUUGAUGAGGUGAUCUAUUGGGUGAAUGCCGUGAGUCGCGUGCUGGAGUUUGUGGUAGCCCUUUGCGUUGUGGCCUAUGGGACAUGGGAGUCUCUUUUUGGGGAGUGGAGCUGGAUGGGAGCCUCUGUCAUUAUCAUUCAUUCGUAUUUUAAUGUGUGGCUCAGAGCACAGUCAGGGUGGAGGAGUUUUCUACUGAGACAGGAAGCAGCAAAGAAGAUCAACUCUCUCCCCAAAGCCACCACAGAGCAGCUGCAGCAGCACAACGACGUCUGCUCCAUCUGCUUUCAGGAAAUGAACUCUGCUGUCAUCACAUACUGUGGGCAUUUCUUCCAUGGAAACUGUCUUCGAAAUGGGCUUGUGUCCAAUCUCACAUCACAGACACAGGGCCCGCCCCGCUUCACAAACCUUCAAAUACAUGAGCUCCGCCGCUAG